AUGGAGAAUAUCGGUUUUUCGGCACAGCCUCCGGCUUUAGUAGCUGCUCGAUUUACGCACGUUACGAUGCUCGGAUUUCUGCUCUUCGCCACGGUCCUCUUCAUCUACUACGUGUAUAAGCGAGCGAAAAUCUUGAACCCCGAUUUCUCCGAGUCGACAAUGUUUUUUCGGCCGCCCAAACGGCGUAUCUCCUUGGUCGACGCCGAGUUGACGUUACGCCCGGAAUGCGUGAAGCGCCUCUACGAAGCGCGGGUAUGUGAGGAGGUGGAGUGCCCGAUUUGUUUCAGCGAGGCCAACCAUGCUGUCAUCACUGAUUGUGGUCAUAUUUAUUGUUGCGAGUGCAUCCACCGCUUCUGGAAGCACAGCGCGCCGCCGAUCAAGCCGGUGCACUGUCCGAUAUGCAGGAAUGGGGUCCGUCUGCUUCUCCCGAUCGCCUGGGGCGGCGAAUCGUCAAACUGCGAGGUUGACGAGGAUUUGAAGAAGAACGACGACCUGUUAAACGAUUAUAAUUCUCGAUUUGUGGGCACGAGAACGUGGGUCGACCUGCUCCACGACGUGCCCUCGGUUGUCCAUUUUUCAUUUGGAAAUUUUUUUGAAGGCCUCGGAUUACUGUCCCAGAUCCGGACCGUCUUCUUCUUGGCCGUUAUCCUGUUUCCGCUGGUACCAUCGUCAGCAUUUUCACAGCAGCUCUAUUCCGUGAUCGGCCUCAUUGACGACCUGUUCGUGCUAGCUAUAAUCGUGUACUACUGUGGCCGCGAGGUCCUGGAGCGAUUGUCCCAAGACGACGCCGACGACUGGCCCACCCUCAUCAUGGUCGCCCAAGACCUUCAAAACGACGAGAAUCUCGUCGACACCGCGAUCACAUGGGGAAUGGUGGAGCAAGACCUUCAGAAGCAGCUCAAGACGAACGCGAGAACCGGGUCCGGUCGAGCUGUUCGGAUUCUAAAUGGUGGCUACGUGUCGAAGACGUGCUUUGUAACUUUCGACUGGACGGAGGAUAGGGAGAGACUCCCCGCUGAAGGAGUCAUGAAAAUCACAUCAAGCGCCGGCAUGAAGCUGCUCUCAAAAAUCAACAACGCCUUCGAGCGGUUCGAUGAAAUGGCCACUUGCAUGGGCAACACCGAGUUCAACUUCCUGCAGCACGCCGAGGCGAGCGGGUUCGCCUCCGAGGUGCCGGUGUGCCGAUUCAUUGGGGGACGACUGUUUGGGGUGGAUGGGAUUGAAGCAGGCUACACCAUCCUCGAAGCCAUCGACGACAUCCACAACCUGCACGUUUUUGACGAGCUCUCCGAGUACUCUACGAUGGAGGGCGUCCAAAUUUUAGCCCGGAUCGCCGCUUACUCCCUCAGAAACCCGGAGGGAGCACGUACCUUGUCGGAAAACGAGGUGUUCGACGAGUUUUUCAGCGAUUUCAUACGACCGGAAAAGCUCGAAAAAGGCUUCGUGCACCUCGAGGAACGAUUCCCGGACAAACUCCGAGAAUUGGAAACGAUAAAGACGCAGAUGAAGCACUUAAAGUCGGUCGGCACCUUCAAGCGGUUUAUGGAUGCCACUUGUAAGUUCCCGAUCAUCGUCCACGGCGAUAUGUGGCCUGGGAAUAUUUUGUGGCAAAAGACUGAGGAUGGAGAUUAUGGAAUCCGGGUGGUGGCAGAUUGGCAGACAACCCACCUUGGCAACCCCCUGGAAGACUUGACGCGCUUCCUCUCGACGUCACUGAGCGCGAAGGACUACAAUGAACGACGAGACCACUAUCUCCACGCCUACUACGACACCUUGACAGAGCUGGCAUCCGGCUGCGAGCUGCCGUGGCCUACUUUUGACGAGCUGGUCGAAUGCUACGAGAAGGUCUUCACCCUAAUCGUCAUCAACUGGAGCCACGUCUUCUUGCAGACGCUGUCAGAAGAAGUGGUCGUCGCCAGCUCAGAAAAAGAAGGCGCCGCCCGUCUGGAGAUCCUGCACGCGAAGUACCGAAAUAUGUUCGACCGGGCGGCUUGCUAUGUACAAAAAAUGGUGGCCGAAAACCUCGACCCGAACGAGCGGAUCGUGGACACUGUGGUGACGUGGGGGCUUGUAGAAGCGGAUCUUCAGAAGCAAUUCGAUACCCUCGCGAAAAUCGGGCCGAAUCGAGAGGCACGACUUCUAAAUGGUGGCUACGUCUCGAAGACGGCCCUGCUCACUUUUGAUUGGACCGAGGAGGAGGCGAGACUCCCAAAAUGCGGUGUGAUGAAGGUCACCUCGGCAGCCGGGAUGAAGGCCAUUUCCGACCUGAACGGCUCGUUCGUCAACUUUGAAGUGAUGGCCACGUCGUUCGGCGACACCGAGUGCAACUUUCUAAAGGUUGCCCCAAAGGUCGGGUUCAGCGCCGAGAUACCGGUGUGCAGAUUCAUCGGCGGCAAGCUGUUCGGGGUGGACGGGGUGGAGGCAGGCUACACAAUCAUGGAGAUGGUAGAGGGCGCCCAUUACCGUCACGUCUUCCACAUCCUCUCCGAGGCCCCAAUGGUCGAGGUUAUGCAAAUGCUGGGCAGGAUGGCGGGAUACUCCUUACGUCACCCAAACGAAGCCGGAAUGCUAGCCGAAAAUCGAGUUUUUGAGGAGUUUUUCGGGGAUUUCGCGCGGCCACAAAAAAUCGAUGAGGGCUUCACCGCUAUGGAGACACGAUUCCCGAGCCUUCAAGCGGAAGUGGACGUCCUCAAAACUCAGAAGAUCUACUUCGAAUCGGUGGCAAAAUUUAAGAAGCGAAUGGAUGAAGCUUGCAAUGUCCGAACGAUAGUCCAUGGGGAUAUGUGGCCCGGGAAUAUACUGUGGAAUAUCGGAAAAGAUGGGGAAUAUGGUAUUCGGAAAGUGGUAGAUUGGCAGACGACCCAUCUGGGGAAUCCUCUAGAAGACUUGACAAGGAUCCUAUCGACUGGCUUGAGCGCUGAAGACCACAGAAAUAAGAGGGACUUUUUCCUGAAUAUUUUCUACACGACGAUGGAGGAGGAAGCGGAUGGGAAGAAAUUGCCUUGGGAGAGUUUCGAAGAGCUGGUCGAACAGUAUGAAAAGAUCUUCCCUCUCAUUGCCAUCGUCUGGGUGCCGCCCUUCAUUCUUGUGCUCACCGAUGAAGUCGUGAUUGGAGGUGGAGGAGAAGAAGGUGAAGCCCUAUUGCCGGGGUUCCUCGCCAAAUACGAGAAUAUGAUCGCCGAGAGUGCCGACUACAUCCUCAGAUGGGGGCUGGAUUCGGAG